AUGGCAUCCAGCGCUGCCUGGAGGGUUUUGACCAUCCAGCAGGCCGGGAUUCACUCGAGCUCGAAUCGAGGCUCUGCGUGGGCUGCCGCCGUUCAGGUGGCCACAAACGUGGUGGGCAAUGUUGCAAAGCGAGCGGCCAAAGACUCCAUGACGAUUGAUCCGCUGCGAACCGUGGCCAAGGAGAUGAAGUUUUUGACUGGCAACAUUCGCAAGCUGCUGGGAUCAGGCCACCCAGCCCUCGAUCGAGUUGCCAAAUAUUAUACGCAGGCUGAGGGCAAGCAUGUGCGGCCACUCAUUGUGCUGCUCAUGUCACGAGCUACACAUUUGUGUCCCAAGAGCCCCCGCGAUGUAGCUCCCGAGACGUCGAGGGGCAUCGACACGUCAAUAUCCCCCAUGCAGAUCCUAAGCGACGUCAACCCAAUGACAAGCUCGACGUCGUAUGAAAGCGAAGCGGCCGAGUCGGCAAACCUCGACAUCCUCCCAAGCCAGAGACGGCUGGCGGAAAUCACAGAGCUGAUCCACACGGCAUCUCUGCUACACGAUGAUGUCAUUGACCACUCUGUGUCGAGACGAGGUGCGCCGUCGGCCAAUCUGGAGUUUGGCAACAAGAUGGCUGUCUUGGCUGGAGAUUUCCUCCUGGGCAGAGCAUCUGUUGCGCUGGCACGACUACGCAACGCCGAGGUGGUGGAGCUGCUGGCCACGGUUAUCGCCAACCUUGUUGAGGGCGAGUUCAUGCAGCUCAAGAACACAGAGCGCGACGAGCGCAGCCCCAAGUGGUCCGAGGAGACUCUGAGCUACUACCUGCAAAAGACAUAUCUCAAAACCGCCAGUCUGAUUUCCAAGUCCUGCCGGGCGGCGGCGCUUCUCGGCAAUGCGGACCAGCACACCGUCGAGGCCGCCUACUCGUAUGGGCGGAACCUGGGCCUUGCAUUCCAACUGGUGGACGACAUGCUGGAUUACACCCGAAGCGGGCAAGACUUGGGCAAGCCUGCAGGAGCAGAUUUGGAGCUGGGACUGGCCACGGCACCGCUGCUGUUUGCCUGGAAGCAGAUGCCGGAGCUUGGAGCCCUCGUUGGGCGCAAGUUUGCCCAAGAGGGAGACGUCCAGAGGGCUCGUCAAUUGGUCCUUCAGAGCGACGGUAUCGAGCAGACCCGAGCCCUCGCUUACGACUACUCUGAAAGGGCGGUUGCUGCCAUUGCCGAUUUCCCCGACAGCGAGGCCAAGGAUGGCCUCAUUGAAAUGGCUCACAAGACGAUCCAGCGCCAAAAGUAA